GGAUGAGAGCAGAUAUAAUGAUCACACUGUUUAAAGCUGCAGACAGAAACAUCAGACUCAGGACAGAAACACACGACCUCUAAAAAAUGGAGCAAACUCUAUAUUUCAUUCUUCUUCUCAUUGCUCUCUGCUCCGUAUCUGAAUGUGUUCAGCGUCAGUAUCACUUUAUAAACGUGACGAAGACCUGGACUGAAGCUCAGAGAUACUGCAGAGAGAAUUACACAGAUCUGGCCACCGUUGACAACAUGAACGACAUAAACGAGCUGAAGAAGAGUAUGAAAGAUUCAGGCGUUCAGUAUGUCUGGAUUGGGCUGCAGAAGACGGGUGUUGAUAAAUGGCAGUGGUCUUCAGGUGAUCCUGCGCUCUAUCUGAACUGGGCUCCUGGACAACCUGAUGGCGGAGCUGAGUGUGUUAUGGUGAGAAAUGGACAAUGGCAUGAUUUGUCAUGUAGUAUCAGCCUGACUUUCAUCUGCAGUUCAUCUAACAACAUGAACACAGGACUCGUCUUUGUUAAUCAGAUGAAGAAUUGGAGAGACGCUCAGAGUUACUGCAGACAGAAUCACAUUGAUCUGGUCAGUGUGAGGAACCAGAAUGAGAGUCAACAGCUUCAGAAGUUCAUCAAUGAUAGUCUCAUAUCUGGUGAUGUCUGGAUCGGUCUGUUCAGAGACUCAUGGCAGUGGUCAGAUCAGAGUAACUCCUCAUUCAGAUACUGGAAUACUGUUGAACCUGAUAAUUAUGGAGGUGUUGAAUUCUGUACAGUAUUUGAUCAGAAGAUUCAGGGACAAUGGCAUGACAUCCCUUGCAACAACCAACAUCCUUUUGUGUGUCAUGAAGAUAAACUGAUUCUGAUCAAAGAGAAUCUGACGUGGUCUGAAGCUCUGAGAUACUGCAGACAGAAUCAUACGGAUCUGGUCUCGGUUCAUUCAGAAGAGAUUCAGCGUCGUGUGAUGAAUGUGGUUAAACGGGCGUCUACUGAGGAGGUGUGGUUGGGUUUACACAACUACUGCAGCAUGAACAUGUGGCUCUGGUUGAGCGGAGAGAUCGUGUGCUAUCAGAACUGGGCCCCAGGGAACGGAACGACACCGGAAGACUGCCGCCUCGAGAAGAGAAAAGGAGCAGUUCAGUCUGGAGGAGAUCAGCGCUGGAUCAGCCUUCCUGAGACUCACAAACUCAACUUCAUCUGCAGAAAUUAUGAGUGAAAAGACACGUGUUUGUGUGUUUACUUACAUUCACUGUUUUUAUUCUCCAUUAUUUUUCUUAUUUACUUGUUUGAUUUGUUCUUUAAUAAUUUCUGAG